CCCGGCGGCUGCCCGGGCGCUGACGGCGGAGCUGGGAGGCCGGAGGGCGGACAUGCUGGGGGUCGUUCGUAUCCUCUCCCUGCUGCUGGUGCCGCUGCUGCUGGGCUCUGCGCGCGGCUUGCGCAAAGUCUCCUCAAGGACAUUCAAGAUCGACUCCAGCCACAACCGCUUCCUCAAGGAUGGCCAGCCCUUCCGCUACAUUUCAGGAAGCAUCCACUAUUUCCGUGUGCCCCGCUUCUACUGGAAGGACCGGCUGCUGAAGAUGAAGAUGGCUGGGCUGAACGCCAUCCAGACGUACGUGGCCUGGAACUUCCAUGAGCUCCAGCCGGGACAGUACGAGUUCACUGGGGACCAUGACGUGGAGCAUUUUAUUCAGUUGGCACACGAUCUGGGAUUACUGGUCAUCCUGAGGCCCGGACCCUACAUCUGUGCGGAGUGGGACAUGGGAGGAUUACCUGCUUGGCUAUUAGAGAAAAAAUCUAUUGUUCUCCGAUCUUCUGAUCCAGAUUACCUUGCAGCUGUGGACAAGUGGUUGGGGGUCCUCCUGCCAAAGAUGAGGCCCCUCCUCUAUCAGAAUGGAGGGCCGAUUAUAACAGUGCAGGUUGAAAACGAGUACGGCAGCUACUACACCUGUGAUUACGACUACCUGCGCUUCCUGCAGGAGCGUUUCCACGGCCACCUGGGUGAGGAUGUGCUUCUCUUCACCACAGAUGGGGCACACGAGAAGUUCCUGCAGUGUGGGGCGCUGCAGGGGCUCUACGCCACCGUGGACUUUGGAGCAGGUGUCAACAUCACAGCUGCUUUCCUAACCCAGAGGCAGAGAGAGCCCAGAGGACCCUUGGUCAAUUCUGAAUUCUACACUGGUUGGCUAGACCACUGGGGCCAACCUCACUCAACAGUCCAUGUGAAAGCAGUGGCUUCCUCCCUUUACGAUAUUCUUGCCCGAGGGGCCAGUGUGAACAUGUACAUGUUUAUAGGAGGCACCAAUUUUGCCUAUUGGAACGGGGCCAACACGCCCUACCAAGCACAGCCCACCAGCUACGACUAUGAUGCCCCCCUGAGUGAGGCUGGGGACCUCACUGACAAGUAUUUUGCUCUGCGGGAUGUUAUUCAGCAGUUUGAAAAAGUACCGGAAGGUCCUAUCCCUCCAUCCACACCAAAGUUUGCAUAUGGAAAAGUUGCUCUGAAAAAGUUGAAGACAGUGGAGGAAGCUCUCAGCAUUCUGUGUCGCUCGGGACCCAUACAAAGCCUUUAUCCCCUGACAUUUAUCCAGGUGAAACAGUACUUUGGGUUUGUGCUGUACCGAACAACACUUCCCCAAGACUGCAGCAACCCGACACCCCUCUCUUCGCCCUUCAAUGGCAUCCACGAUCGGGCCUACGUCUCUGUGAACGGGGUCCCCCAGGGAGUCCUUGAGCGAAAUCUUGUGAUCACCCUGAACAUAACAGGGAAAGCUGGAGCUACCCUGGACCUACUGGUGGAGAACAUGGGGCGUGUGAACUACGGCCAUUCUAUCAAUGACUUUAAGGGUCUUGUUUCUAAUUUGACCCUUGAUUCCAAUAUCCUCACCGACUGGAAGAUCUUCCCACUGAAUAUGGAGGAUGCAGUACGCAGCCACCUGGGGACCUGGGAUGGCCAUGGCAGCAGCUAUGCCCAUAGCCCAUCUAACUACACACUUCCGGCCUUUUAUGUGGCUAACUUCUCUAUUCCCACCGGGAUCCCAGACUUGCCCCAGGACACCUUUAUCCAGUUUCCCGGAUGGACAAAGGGUCAAGUGUGGAUUAACGGCUUUAACCUUGGCCGCUAUUGGCCAGCCCGGGGCCCCCAGGUGACCUUGUUCGUCCCGCGGCACAUCUUGGUGACUUCGGCCCCAAACACCAUCAUCGUGCUGGAGCUGGAGCGCGCGCCCUGUGGGAACGGUGGCCCAGAACUGUGCACCGUGGAGUUCGUGGACAGGCCAGUGAUCAGUGCAGCCCAGACCAUGGUCACGUCCCUGAAGACCAAAACAAAGACUCAUGGCUAGACCGUGUGUGAUGAUGAAGACGGGGACCCUUUGGAAUUCUGGCCUUGCUCGUACCUCACCUGCCCCUCAGGGUGUCAGCAGUCAGUGGAGAAUUUGACUGGAACAUAGACUGUGCUCUCACCUGAGUAGCUUCCCUACCGCCUGGCAGUGCCUGACGCAGCCCCGUCCAGCUGCGUGGUCGUGAGGUGGCAGCCCUGCAGCGCCCCGAGGCACCUGCAGAGUUGGAAUGGAGGCGUUCGAGGAGAUUCUGAUUUUUCUUUUGUAAGAAUCAUGUGGUCUUUUUAUUAAAUAAAAUUUGUAUGCAAA